CUCUCUGUAGGCACUCACUCCUCUCUCUCUCCUCCUCCUCUCUCUCACAUUCUCCAACCCAAGGAGGCCAGACAGAAGGACGGGGUCACUCUGAGCGGUUCAACCCAAGAGACAAGAUGCAGUGGGCCUUCAUCCUACUGCUGGCAGGGCUCUGCUCACUCACCCAGGGCCAGUAUGAUGAAGACUCUCACUGGUGGAUCCAAUACCUCCGAAACCAGCAGUCCACCUACUACGACCCCUAUGACCCUUACCCCUAUGAGCCCUCGGAGCCUUACCCCUACGGCGUGGAAGAAGGCCCAGCCUAUGCCUACGGUACACCUCCUCUCCCAGAGCCCCGGGACUGUCCCCAAGAAUGCGACUGCCCACCCAACUUCCCCACAGCCAUGUACUGUGACAACCGCAACCUCAAGUACCUGCCCUUUGUGCCCUCCCGCAUGAAGUAUGUCUACUUCCAGAACAACCAGAUCUCCGCCAUCCAGGAAAGUGUCUUUGACAAUGCCACCGGGCUGCUCUGGAUUGCUCUCCAUGGCAACCAGAUUACCAGCGACAAGAUAGGCAGGAAAGUCUUCUCCAAGCUGAGACACCUGGAGAGGUUGUACCUAGAUCACAACAACCUGACCCGGAUGCCCGGCCCGCUGCCCCGAUCGCUGCGAGAGCUCCACCUGAACCACAACCAGAUCUCGCGGGUGCCCAGCAACGCCCUGGAGGGCCUGGAGAACCUCACAGCCUUGUACCUCCACCACAAUGAGAUCCAGGAAGUGGGGAGUUCCAUGCGAGGCCUCCGGUCCCUGAUCCUGCUAGAUCUGAGUUAUAACCACCUCCGCAGGGUGCCCGACGGUCUGCCCUCAGCGCUGGAGCAGCUGUACCUAGAACACAACAAUGUCUACACCGUCCCUGACAACUACUUCCGGGGCUCACCCAAGCUGUUGUACGUGCGGCUGUCUCACAACAGCCUCACCAACAACGGCCUUUCUACCAACACCUUCAAUUCCAGCAGCCUUCUCGAGCUCGACUUGUCUUACAACCAGCUGCAGAAGAUCCCUCCUGUCAACACCAACUUGGAGAACCUCUACCUCCAGGGCAACAGGAUCAACGAGUUCUCCAUCAGCAGCUUCUGCACGGUGGUGGACGUCAUGAACUUCUCCAAGCUGCAGGUGCUCCGCCUGGAUGGGAACGAGAUCAAGCGCAGUGCCGUGCCUGCGGAUGCGCCACUCUGCCUGCGCCUCGCCAGCGUCAUCGAGAUCUGAGGGGCCUCGCUCCCAGCUCGGGCUCGGGGCACUUGGCUCACCGUCACCCUGCUACAUUCGGCUUGGAUGGUCUGGUUUGGCUUUUGCUGGAUGGUCUGGGGCAAGCAGGUGACACAAGUCUCCUUUCAAUAGGCAAGGUUAGGUGGGAUCAGAGACCCUGUCAGAUUCUGCAGAGGACAAAAGUAGUGGAGGAAUAGCCUUAGAGUCCAGCCCCCCAAAUCUUCCUACCACUCAACCUUCCCCAUGACCUGAUCUGGCAGAGUGUAACCUUGCGUAAACAGUAGCAUAUAACCAUUUUCAGACAAUCUGACUUUGGGGGCUGUGCUGAACAGCAUGGUCCAGCUGCUGCUUCUGCAGUUACUCUGGGCUCCUAUUCAUUGCUCCUCAAAACAUACCUCUUGCGCAGCCACCCCUUCCUAGGCCCAACCCAGCCACUCUGCCCUCUCUCACUAAGGCCUCUUCUAUGCCCUAGGCAGUCAGGAGAUACACAAACCCCAAGGCCCCCAUGGUAGCUGUUCAGCAACCUGUGGAGAGAGGCCACACUAUUGUCUGAGGCUAAAAGGAUGCCUAAGAUCACCACUAUGCCUCCCUAACCUCCUCUGUUUAAAGCCACAAAAUCGAAGGUCAUCAGCAUAGUGAUGAUGUCAUCGCUUGAUACCAGAGGAGACAACCAGUUCUGUAAUGGAGGAUCAGAUUCAAAGGAGGGAAGGCUUACAUGGUACCAUCACAUCCAUAAUGUGGGUAGGGAAGAGUCACACCUCAAACUAGCAGAACUGAAGGGGCAGGCCCUGUCCUCGGUUUCAUCUGACCAAACACGAUCUGUGCCCCUUCUUGGGCUUUUAGUCUUGAGGGGGCAGCAGUGUGUUUUUUAAAACAUGAGAAAGACCCAUCCUUCAAUCCAAGUAGGAAAGUUUGGUGCCCAGAUGGUAGAAGCCGACUCCACCAGCCUUGGGCCCACCUGUUAGCCCAGCCUAGGGAGUGAUCUCAACAACUGCUUUGUCCCUAAGGCCGGAACUUAAGCUACCAGCUUUGCCAGAGAUGCUCGCUUGGGUGCAAGAAGCCCAAGCCAGGCCAAGUCUUGCUACCCUGGGCAUGGAUUCCUGCUUUACUAGGUGAAGUCACGCCUCGGGCCCAAAGGUGCCUGGGAUUUGUAGUGUGGCUGACAGCAAUCCUGUCUUCUCCUUUUUAAAGGUGAUGUUGCCUGGGCACAACACACAGGCUCUUCUAGAUCCCACUGGGAUGGAGCCAUCUGGGCAGCCAGCAGCAAGGACUAGUUGAGGGAUGUUAGCCUGAGUCAGGUCUCUAUCCAGACACCUUACAGCCCUGAUUCUGCAUGCACUUGGGAGCAAGUGUCUCUGAAAAGGGGAGGGGUGGAGGAGGGUGCUUAGACUGUGUCCUGGGCUCCAGAAUCUCCAGUCCACAAAAGCCAGACCAGCUUGUUUCAACAAGCGAGUGCCGCGUGUGGGGCAAGGCUGCCCUGCCCAGGGCUCUUGGGAAGCACCUACAUGUGAACACCGUCAUGCCUCUAUAAAGGGUCCUCAGCAUAGGGCGAGCAUGA